UUUACGCUCAUGAUGAAGAACGCUGACAUCGAAGAAAAGCUAGUUUCGAAGUUUUUUCUGGAAGAAGGGUACGCCAAACGUAAGCGCCCUCCCCAACACUGGCAGACAGUUCCUGUCCCAUCGUCUAUCAAACCUUCAUCCAUACUGGACCAUUUACGAGUCGUAAAACCUUGUGUGUUCGAAGAUGAAGAAGAUCUGAAAAAAUCGUUGGACAGCUUUAAAUUAGACCGAUUGGAGAGUGAAAAUAUUGAAACCGUUCGGAAAGAGAGCGUGUUUAGCUCUGAAGUGACCGAAAAUGAAAAAGAUAUCAUCGCCAAGCGAGUAGCUUUGCAACAGCGACAGUUUGCAGAGUAUGAACGGCGUGAAAGAGCUAGGAAAUCACAAAAGAUUUUAGCCAUGUUUGACUACGUUGGUGAUGAGGAGAUUGACGAAAUGCUGGAAGACUGUGGCAAUGAUGAAGAUGAAGUGAUUGUUCGUCUAACGCAGACUGGGUACUUGAUUGGCAUUCGAAAACAGAUAGCCACCAAGCAUAUCCCGGAAGUAGAGCGAGCAGCUCCUUCAAUGACAGAUGAGCAGAAAGCUGCGUAUGAGCAGCUUCUUAAGAAGCGAUCAGUGACACUGAAAAAGACUACAAACGACCAAGCGAAGAAACAGUACCGAAUGGGUGGUCGUCUGGGACUUGACGAAGCUCUCAAGCAGUUUCAAGAACAUCAGAUUGAUCCAGAAAAAGCAUUUGAAGGAUGGUCACAAGCUCGGAUUCGAGCCUAUCAAAUGAUUGAACAAAAUCCAAACAGCUAUUACUAUCGAUUUAACGCUCCCGGAGAAGUACAACGCAAAGGACAGUGGACUGAAGAGGAGAAAAAACUUUUCUAUGCCAGGUUGGCAGAGGCUGGUGCCAAUGGUCAAUGGGGAAUAUUCUCCAUGAAAAUUCCUGGCCGUGUUGGCUAUCAGUGCUCCAACUUCUAUCGACUGCUUGUGGAGACAAAGCAGAUCAAUGAUCCAAAUUACGUCCUAGAUGAGCGCGGAAAGGCUCACUACCUUUUUGACAAAAAAAACUCGAAUGGAGAGGUUGAAAAAACCUUCCGUACACACAGCAAACAUCACGGUAAUGGUAAUGGAUCAUCAUCUGACACACCGCCACGACCCAAACCAGUGCGAGCAAGAGUUACGGCUCCCAGCACUUCUGCCUCUGCAUCGCCUACCCCACAAACCUCCAAGUCUAGUAAAAAACGCAAGAGACGAGGUGGCCGGAAUCGUUGGGGAGGCAUGAGCGACUAUGAAGAAGAUUCAGAUGACCUUAUCGGGUACGAUGAUGAUAACUCUGGCAGUUAUAGCACCAAAUUGUGGACAACCCGACGUACACGCACAAGAGCGGCAGCCUUGGUAGCCGAAUAUGGAAUGAGCGGCAAUGCAUCUGAAGAAGGAGGAAGUAGCAACUUUGAAGAUACCAUCGAAGAUGACGACGACGUUGCAGGAUGGGGCAUUGAGAAGAAACAGCCCGAUAAUCCUUUGCCUGGAUUUAUAGACCCUAUCACACUGGAUGAGGUUGUCAAACCAGCUAUCUCGAAGUAUGGUCAUGUCAUGGGGUACACUAGCUGGGUGCGCUGUUUAACGAGCUGGGAGGGCAAGCGUAAUAUUUGCCCCCUCACCAAGAAACCACUGACAAAACGAGACGUUGUGAUACUGGACUUUGACAAUAUAGAGGAAUAUAGACACAAGAUUGUCAACAUGUGAAGAGAAAGCAACAAGAUGUCUGAAGAAGAGUAAAAUAGUUGAUAGCUGAGGGAAUAAAACAUAGCAGCUGUGCGUGCAUUGCGUGUUUGGUUGGGGGGUGUGGAGGAAUCAGGGACAGCGCGAGAAAAAAUGUACAGAUGUUGUCGGAUAUUCAAGUCAUGUGGUGCGAAAUCGAAAAAAAGAGCUCGCCGUUAAACUCCACCACCACUGCGUCUGUCUCAAAAAAUUAGUCUACAUCUCCUUUUUUUUCCUUGUCAUGA